GACCCUGAAAGAUAAACUUUGGAAAAUGUGCGACGGGGAUGUUCACCACCGAGCAGGAAGUUAUUUACUGUAGUGAAUAUCGACAUUAACCCUGAUCAAUAGUGACUCAGCCCGAAGACUACGUAGUACAGUUAUGGUGUAACUCCAGUAACUUUCCUGUAUUUCACAAACAGUUAUCAGGCGGGGUAGAGGGACUUUGUUUAGUAUCUUUCUUGCAUCGCGGAAGACGUGCGGUCCCGUCUUUCUCCUCUCUGAGUGAGUACCUUUAUAUAUAAAACUAUAUACUGAAGAGCAUGAGAACUCUAGCUGUCUGGACUGUAGUGACCGCUGCAGUCCUCACGGUCCUCAUCUCGUCCACCGCCACGGAGGAGGCGUCGUGUCAUGGAGCCUACGACCUGUACUUUGUUCUGGACAAGUCUGGCAGCGUGGACAAUGAGUGGGGGGAGAUCUACUCCUUCGUCAAGAAUUUGACGGAGCGGUUUGUCAGCCCACAUACUAGGUUGUCCUUCAUCGUGUUCUCCAGCCAGGCCAAGGUUCUCCUGUCUCUCACCAGUGACAGGGCGAAGAUUGAACAGGGGCUUCUUGAUCUUAAAGCCGUAAAACCCGCAGGAGAAACAUACAUGCAUGAAGGAAUGGCAGCGGCCUCAGCUCAGAUCAGGGCACUUCCUCAGAGGUCGGCCAGCAUCAUUAUAGCGCUGACAGACGGAGAGCUGACACCAUUUAUCCUGCAACUCACAGUCGAGAAGGCUGAUGAAGCGCGCACGUUUGGCACCAGAGUUUACUGCGUGGGAGUCAAAGACUUUGACGAGAAACAGCUGGCGGAGGUGGCGGACACUAAGGAUCAAGUGUUUCCUGUCAAAGAUGGCUUCCACGCUCUCAGGGGCAUUGUUAACUCAAUAUUGGAGCAGUCGUGUACGGAGAUCGUGAGCGUGGCGCCGUCGACGGUCUGUGUGAACGAGACUUUCGAGCUGGUCCUGAGGGGGCGUGGCUUCCCUCGUGUCAGGGGCGUGGUCUGCAGCUUUGUGCUCAACCAGCAAACCAUCCGCACCCAGCCUAGCUCGGUUCAGAGUGACUACCUGCUGUGUCCUGCACCAGUGCUCCAUGAAGCUGGACAGAGCAUGGAUGUGUUCAUCAGUCUGAACAACACCCAGGCCUUCAUCUCAAACUCCUACACCAUCACUUCCUCCACCUGUUCCAAUGGCUUGGUGGUGGCCCUGGUCUUCCUGAUCCUCUUCCUGGUCUUGGCCCUGGCCUUCAUGUGGUGGUUCUGGCCGCUCUGCUGCACUCUGGUCAUCCAAGACCCUCCUCCACCUCCUCCCCCCAGCCGGCCUCCCCCUCCCGAGCCAGAGCCAGACCACAAGAAGAAGUGGCCCACGGUGGAUGCCUCGUACUAUGGCGGCAGAGGGGCAGGAGGCAUCAAACGCAUGGAGGUGCGCUGGGGAGAGAAGGGAUCCACCGAGGAGGGGGCACGGCUUGAGAUGGCGAAGAACGCUGUGAUCUCAGUUCCUGAGGAGGAGGAGGAGCCUAUGGUCCGGCGACCGCCACCCAGAUCCAUGCCCACCAAUCAGAACGUAGAGAACAAGUGGUACACACCCAUUAAGGGUCGGGUCGACGCCUUGUGGGCAUUGCUACGGCGACAGUAUGACCGCGUCUCAGUGAUGCGUCCCACCUCAGCGGAAAAGGGUCGCUGCAUGACGUUUAACCGGGUUCCCCAUCAGUAGAGAGAACGCCGCAGAACACCUCCACUCAUUUCCUCCUCUUCACCUUCACUUCAAGCUUCCUCUGACUGCAACUGACAUCAACUAUUCCCCGUCAUAGAUAAGAUGGUAUUGUGUUUUAGCUACGCUCCGUGAUCUCCACCAUGUUGUCGUUCUGAAGCCCACCUCCUUCCUCCUCAGACCACCUCAUAUUUUAUUAAAACAAUAACAGGAAACGAGACGGGUGCGAGAGCACCCAGCGGGUGUCACACGUCCAGCACCCUGAAGGCUCUGAUGGCAGACCUGUCAACCUAGUCAUACACAUAGUCACACACACAGUAACACAUACACACAGACACUCACGUGACCGACUGCAGUCAGGAGGCCUGAAGGCCUUCAUUAACUUUUGUACCCCCAAAGACACCUUUUCACUCCUCCUCUUCAUCUUUCAAGAAGAGAAGAGUAGCGGAGUUUAAACGCGUCCCCAGUGCUCUGUGGCCCGGACCCUCACAAGGGCAGGGGGGUCCGCAGCAUCAGAAGACCCUCAGAUCGGUCUCCACCGCCCGCCACCGCCGCGGCCACCGUCCCCGGUGCUCCGGGAAGAUCCAGAAUAUCAAAGUUUAAUUAAAAUAAUUAAAGGCAACAGCGAGCAGCCGCCUGUGAAGAGAGGCUCCCUGGCGUUAUGUCUUGUGACGGGGGAUGACCUAUUACUGUUCUAUUCACGUCCAAACACAAACCCGUCGCAGCGGAGUCGACGGACGGAUAAGUAUUGCUCAUUUCCACAAAUUAGCCCCUCGCCCUGCCGCGUCCCAAAAUAGGACGGCCAUCCUGCGUAGCGGACAUACUGUGGUACAGUGCAGCGCCAACCCCGUCCCGAAGCCUGCCUGGCCUGGUGUGUGUGGGGGGCGGGGGGAAGGGGGGCUCCAAUGAUCUCGUCACUUUGGAUUCGGCGCUUCAGACGUGAAAUGGAUAUUGGAGUGGAAACCUGCCAAGGCUGGCGCGUUUGACGGCGAGCGGUAUGGACAACGACCAGCGUUGGGGCGGUGCCGCGUCUCGCUGGGGCCGGGACGCCUCGUCACAUGACACUAAAAAUAAGUUCAACCACCGUCAAGUUCCCGAGGAGCGAGAGCGGGGCCCUGGCGUCUCGACGGCGGUGCGAGGGGUGAGAGGGGCUGCGGGGCCGGGGGAGGGCCGCGGGCGCAGUGGGGGGUGGGAUGGCAAGGGCAAGGAUCACGCCACACUCGCCUCAUUAUUCUUUUGUUGGGUGGUCAGCGACCCCCGUGGAUGGCGAGCAAGCUUUCUAUCUUCUGAUUCAAAAUGCUGCAGCUCUUCCAAGAAGGUUCCAGAGACACCAAGUGGUCUUUGAUCACAGCUCAUACUGAGUAAUGGGAUAAAAUUGAUAAUGGUUGCCCCAGACCUUAUUUCCAUUUGGCAUCAUGCUGCGCUGCUUUCGUUGUGCGUUUUAAACAUGUCUAAAUGUUACACAACAUGUGUCCCAAUACAUUUCUAUCAUUUGUAUCUAUUGCUUAGCUUUUUCCUGUGUCCCAGGUUUUGUAGGAAAAGUAUUUAAGUACCGUACUUUUAAAAGAAUUUCAAGCACAAAAAAACUAUAAAUAUACAUACAUUUAGUAUGUAAUUUUGUGUCAAACAUUUCAAUCCUUUUCUUUAAAUAUGAUAAUGUUGUGGUAUUUUUUGCAGCCUGUAUUUUGAAUUCUUGAAUGAUUUCUUUUUUAUAAAUAAUUUUGAAGGAGUUUAGUGCUAUCAAAAAAAUCGAAUGUGUUAUAAAAAAUAAUAAAUGUGUUAUAAAUAAAUAAAUAAAUAAACAUUUUUCUAAGGGGGAUAUAAUAUUUCCAUAGGUUGAAUUUAAAUCAUUGUUUUUAAGGUGGCCACAAAAUGUUUGGAGUUUCUGCAGCCAUGCUGUGGGUUUUAGUGUCUGAUAUAGUGAGGACCAGUCCUUGGGUUCCAGAUGUCUCUGCUCCAACUGUGGCUACUGGCUAAAGGCUAGCAUGCUAAAGGCAAUGUUUAAUUGGAGACAGACAGGAGUGGUCACAUGGAGCAUGUGGACAGAAUGUCGUCUCUGUCCUGAGACCUGAGGCGCACACACACAUACACACACACACACACACACACACACACGCGCACACACACACACACACACACACACACACACACACAAAUAUAAACACACACACAUAGGUACACACUCCUUCCAGAUCCUGAUUGGCAAAGUAAAAAACAUUUUUUUAAAUAACUAUUUAUUUAUUGAUACGUGUUAUAUGCCUGUUUACCAUUUAAUCAGACUACUGAAAUGUAGACUGCAUAUGUAUCUAUGAUCUAUAUUUUGUAACUAUAUUUUCAGUGACAUAUAAUAUGUAGGCUUCUCUAUAGUGUGUAUAAUAUAGACAGCUGGAUGGCUGGAAU